GCCAGGCUGUGAGGUGCACCCAGUCGAACACAGUCUUUCUUAUGGCCAAGAAUGUCGUGCAGAUUUGCUCAAGGGUCCAGUAAAGGCAUUUGAGAUUCCAAAUUUGGUCAUUUUCCACUGCUAUAACCAAAACAUUUUGAUGAGGUAUCUUUAAACAGCUCUAAAUCAGCCUGGCCUCUGCCAAGAACCACAUUAAAAACACUGCCUGGACCUCUGCUUAUUUAUCAUAAGGGCUGGAUCCCAAGUGCCCUCGCUCUGUUCAGAAUGGCUAAAGGGAGCACCUACAUGAGAGGACUGUGCAUUGUUCUCAACGUUCUGCUUGCGAUCUUUGGGGUGAUCUUGCUUCUUUUUGGUAUAGUUGCAAACAGUGAUAAAGCUGCAUCUUUGGAGGAAUUGACUCAGGGUGUGAUCCUCAGUGUUGGAUUUGGUUUGGCAACCAUCCUGCUCUCUAUCCUUGGAAUGUAUGGAGCUUACAAAGAGCAAGUGCUGCCUCUGCUUUUGUACAGUGUUUUCAUGGCUAUUGAGUUCACUGUCCUCAUCGUCCUGGCAAUCAUAGCAACUCUUGCUCAGCCAAAGUUGAAGAGGGAGAUUGAGCAGAGCUACAGCAGAAUUACCUCACUUUAUAAUACAGAGGCAGUGUUCCAGAGAGAGAUAAACAAACUACAACAGAAGGCUCAGUGCUGUGGUCUUAAUGAUUACACUGACUGGGAAAAUGCGAUACCACAGUCAUGUUUUUGUCCUCCAGCCUACCAAGACAGAGAGGACAAAUGUAUCGGUGUUCCAAAGUUCCACAAUACUGAGUGGAUCAGAAAUGCUCACAGUGAACCAGCAUCACCAGAGGAUACAGAAUACUCUGUUUACAAGAUGAGCUGUGUGCCAAUCUUAACGGAAAAAGUGAUGAACUACCUACGGAUCUUACUUGGAAUACUUUUUACAUUAGCAACUAUUGAGGUUGCUGCCGUGAUAGCAGUCUUGUUGCUGUGGUAUAAAAUCCAUACACGGACCCCAGGCACAGACUUCUCAAGGGAUAACAACAGCAGGACAAAGUACGAGCUCCAGCCGGACAAAAUGCCCUGAUCUAAUCCAACCAGAUAGCUUCUUUCCAAAACAUGAAGUAAAUGACCACUCAGCUGUCUGGCCGGACACUGAUGGAUGACUGAUUGUCGAGCUCUCCUGCUACCCACUUCAGAUCAGCUGCCCACGCUCCAGCUACUACCACUUGCCUUGAACUAGCUGCCCACCCUACAUUGAGGUUUUCAUGGACUCCUAGCUAUUACUAUUACUAAAACUAUUACUAUUAAUAUUUGAUCAUUAGUAGUAUGAUCAAAUUGUAAGUCGCUCUGGAUAAGAGCGUCAGCCAAAUGCCAUAAAUGUAAAUGUAAAUGUAUAAUAAUUUUGUAGGUAGCCUGACCAGAGCAGGAUGGGUCCCCCUUUGUGAGCCUUGGUUCCUCCCAAGGUUUCUUCCUCAGCUCUGAGGGAGUUUCUCCUUGCCACCGUUGCCCCUGGCUUGCUCACCUGGGGGUUUUUACAUUCAUGUUAAAACUUUGUCUUUACUGGAAUUCUGUGAAGCUGCUUUGUGACUACAUCAGUUGUGAAAAGCGCUACAAAUAAAUCUGAUUUGAUAUUUUCCCAAGAACAGUUAAAACUUACAAAAUAAAUAAAUAAAUAAAAGUA